GGGACCCGGUCCCGUGCAGCCGUGGGAGGAAUAAGAGGGCUGGAGGCAGCUGGGACAGGCCCCCAUAGCUGCCUGUCAGGGUUUGGGUUGCAGCCCAGCCUGCAGCCGGUGCUGGAUCUCCAGCCCAGGAGCUCCCCUGAAUCCCUUGCUGACGAACCCACUGCGCUCUGCCCUGCUCAGGCCCCAGCCUGCUGCCCAGGCCGAGAGGUUGAGCAACGUCCGGGCUUUGCUCGCCUCUUCCCGGCAGCGUUUUCCCGCGCUCUGGCAUGAGCUGGGGGGGAUUAGCGUGCCGCUAAUCUCGCUGUGCGGCUGGGAGGGAGGAACGGGUCAGAGCCAGGGCUGGGAGCCUGUUGCCACCGGGUGAGACCGUUCCGGGCAAGGCGCUUGGAGUAGCAAAGCAUGGGGGAAUUAGGGAAAUAAUCUGUUGCUGUUGAUCCCAGAGGCGGGGAUUUGCAGCGUCGUGCCAGGCCCCAGGCCUGGGGACGGAAGAGGGGGAGAGCCAGGCCAGCAGACGUGUGAGCGGAGCUCCCAGCUGGAAUGCACCAGCUCAGCAAGGGAUUGUCCUCCCUGGGCUGGGCAGGCGCUGUGCGGUGAGCCUGGUGCCCAUAACAGCUGCCCAGGCCAUGGCGGCAGCAGACAGCCCCUCAGCUGCCCUCCGGCGCCGCGACCUGUGCAGCCGAGGCAUCCGCCUGGCCGGGAAGAUGCGCUCGGAUGUUGUCGACCUCCUGGACACCUACGUGGAGUGGCAGGGCUUGGAUGCCUCGGCCAGCGUGGCGGCGGUGGAAGGGGUGCCGGCGGCAGCGGCAGAGCGCUGGGACGAGCAGACGGGGACCCAGCGGCUGCUGGAGAACCUGGCAGCGUACCGGGCCUUCCGGGCCCUGCUGGCCCAGAUGCUGGAGGAGCAGCGGGAGCAGCUGGGUGAGGCUGACACUGUCCUGGGCCGGGCGCUGGCGGCCGUCCUGCUCCAGGUCUCGGCCUUUGCCUACCACCUCGAGGAGCUGCUGCGGCUGGAGAGUCGUGGGCCCCCCAGCGAGGAGGGGGCUGGACCCCCCCCACUCCCCCACCUCAGCCUCUUCGAGAGGAAGUUGCGGGGCCUGGGGGUGCUGCGGGAGCUGGCCCAGUGGGCCGUUAGGUCCGCGCGGGACCUGCGGCAGCUCGCCAAGCCCAGCCCAGGCAGCAGCUCGGCCCCCAGCCCGGCCGAGAGCCCUUGAAAGCAGACGCAGGGCAGGGGGGCUUGGGUCCUGCUGGGGCGCAGCUGGGACCUCCUUGUCCACCCCUGUGGAGGGCUGCUGAUGGCAAAGGGGGUUGUUCAGGGAGGAGGGUGCACAGGAGGGACCAGGCCCCCCCCCCCCCCACUUUUGGUGCUGGUCCCUGCGGGCCCCUUUCCCUGUGGAGAAACUGAGGCACAGGCCACACUCUGCCCCGGAGGGAGCAGGGAUCCCCAGGCAGGGCAAGCCUCGGGGGUGGCUCGGGCUCUGCCUGCUGGGGGGGGUUGCAAUUGUCCCCCGGGAAGCUGCUUUGUCGCUCACCCCAGGGACCGAAAGCCGUGACCCUCGGCAGGCUGUGGCAGUGCUGGCCUUUUCUUUGAAAUUUGGUUACUGCCCGGCCUGCCAUGGCCAAGUGCUGCCUCCGGCAGAUGGAAGCUGCCUCAGGGCUCUUGCAGAGCAAGGCAGGAGCAAAGGGACAGAAAAAUACCACCUGGUGAAAGGAGUCUUGGGACCUGCCCCCCAGCUGCAAGACACAAGGCUUCGCCUCCUUCACAUGGACUCUUUUCUCCCGCCCGGCUCGCGUUUUCUGUGCAUUGAAUUUCUGCUUUAACUGCUUGGGGGCUUUUUCAGGUAGGGGGGGAGUGUGGGGGUAUGAUCAGGAGGGGAUUUCUGAACCACUCAGACAAGGUAACGGAGAGGAUCUUUUAACUGAAGGCUGUGAUUCAGAAGAUCCUCUGCAAGGAGGUUUAUGCCUCCAGGGGUUAUUUUGGGACUGAAAACAGCACAAAGGAUUAAACAGCCCCAGCGACAUCUUUCACCCUGUCAAGGGGAAUACAGUGAGGCUUCACAGCUGCCCAGGACGUGGUUUUCUUGCCGAAUGGAUGUGAUGACUGCUGGCUGCCAUGCAAAUAAAAGGGC